UACAUGAAGUAAAAUAAAAAUUUAAGAUUUGAAAAUGGGAGUAACCCAUUCAUCCCAUAAACUCCAACCUGAAGAUAUUCUCAGUAUUCAGAAGGAAACUGGGUUUACAUCAAGUCAGAUAGAUAGAUUGUACACCAGGUUCUCUAGCUUGGAUAAGCAGGAUAAGGGUUUCCUAUCCAGAGAGGAUUUCCUCCGGAUCCCAGAGCUAGCAAUAAAUCCUCUCGGAGACAGGAUCGUUCACGCAUUCUUCCAGGAGAGCAAGAAUGAAGAUGAGGAUAAAGUUGACUUUAGGGAUUUCGUCAAAGUGUUGGCUCAUUUUAGGCCAAUAAAAAAGGAAAAGCAGAAGGACACGAAGGAACCAGUUUUGAAUUCCAGGAUGGAGAAACUACACUUUGCGUUCAGGAUGUACGAUCUGGAUGGUGAUGAUAAGAUAUCCAAGGAGGAGCUGUUGGCUGUAUUAACUAUGAUGGUUGGAGCUAACAUUAGCUCUGAGCAGUUGGUUUCUAUAGCGGAGAGAACUAUAAUGGAAGCGGAUCAAGAUCAGGAUAAUCUGAUUUCAUUUGAUGAGUUUGUGACGGUGUUGGAGAGAACAGAUGUUGAGCAGAAGAUGUCUAUUCGGUUCCUCAACUAGAUUAAUUUAUUUCAACCUGAAUUUUCGUUUGUAAUGUUUGUAAUUGGGAACUGUUCGUUUUCAGCUGGUG